GGUGUACACACAUACACACACACGUAUAUAUAUAUAUAUACCCUACGUGCACACAUCCCUAGAUAUGUAAGUGGGUAUAAGUUAGAUAGGCCGUGUAUGGCGAGAAAUAAAAACUGGAGAGGGGGUAAAAGAGAGGUCGACACCGGCUUCUCCUCCUAUUCCCGCUUUACCCUGUCGAUACUUACCUCUUAGCGAUCCCUUCACCGCCGCGUGUCACCCACACACAGACGAAUCGCAAAUUGUGGCCGGCUGGGCGGGUUACGCGCUCCCCGUCCUCUCAUGCUGUCCCACCACUUCAUAAACCACUUCAUAAGUAACCCAGACUAGGACGUACUUUGUCACCGACUCGUUCUUCCUCCUCCCCCCUUUCACACACCCGAGCUUGCCACGAGACGGUUACGACUACGACUUGCGAUCGCCAUAAUGCCGGUAGAAAUCGUCACCGUGGUAAAUUCGUCGGGGAAGAUCAUCAGCAAUGGAAAACACCUGAUAAACGUAUUCAAGGAGGCCAGAGCCACCUACCAGGAGAAAAAGGCAGCGAUCAAAGCCGAGCUAGCGAUCAGGCGUGCCGAGACAUUCGACGUGCGCACCCCGACGCGGAACGACGAUGAGAACGAAGAUGGCCGGUGGCGUCGGCGAAUCUCUCACGACGAUGCGAUGUCCUAUGUAUCUUAUGCGACCUCCCGCAAAAGCCACCGCUCGAAGCAGAGCGAUGGCUCCCGUCGUCGAUCGGUUUCGCAGGCGAGGACGGCCUUGACCGAACGCAAUCUACAGACGCUCACCGAAGUCUCAUCCACUGCCCCCUCACGCCCUCCUAUCGCCUAUCGUCCCCCAUAUGCCGAGACUGCCCCCAGAGACAUGACGAUAAGCCGCCCCACGUUAGUGCACGCGCGCACGAUGCCCGUGGACUUCGAACAGAACGCCCUAGUGCCUCGAUCGGCCUCCGAUCCGACCCUACGGGAUAAGGGGAAGGAUAUCGACAUGCACCUGGCGUACGGAGACCUGCCGCCAGACCUCGCGGAGAGGAUUGAUCUCGACCCGGCACACAGAAACCCUCCGCACAAGAUCGAGCACGACGAGCGCGAGGCUCGGGACUUGGUGGGGAAGAUUGAGGAUCUUCUGACAGAGGCCCAAUGCGUGCAUCAUACUGCGCAACACAUUAUCCAACACUUGCAGGGGAACCCGGAAGCUGCAGCCGCUGUGGCCCUUACUCUUGCCGAGCUCUCCGCGAUCCUCGGGAAGAUGUCACCAUCCUUCCUCGCUGUCCUGAAGGGUGGAAGUCCGGCAAUCUUCGCCCUUUUGGCGAGCCCGCAGUUCUUAAUCGCUGCUGGGGUGACCGUUGGCGUGACAAUAGUUAUGUUUGGAGGCUGGAAGAUUAUCAAGCGCAUCCAGGAGGCCAAGAGCAUAGAGGCCGCCCGUCCCAUGGCAUUUGCGUCGCAACCGCCACAUCCUAUCGGGUCCGACCGUCCUCCGUAUCCCGAGACAGAAGUCAGCGCGGGUUUCGACGAGGCGCUAGUGAUCGAAGAGGAGCUAAGCGCGAUCGAGACCUGGCGACGGGGGAUCGUGCCGUUUGGCGAGGAUGAGCAUGCCGACCUCGAGCUCAUCAGCCCGGAAGCCGACCGCGCGAUCCGCAGCCAGUACGGUGGCGACGAUGCGCAGACUGUGCACAGCGCUCGUACGAGCAAGACGCACCGAACCUCCAAAACGACCAAGUCCCAUAAAUCGCAAAAGAGUCGCAAAGAUAGUGUGGUAGAUAGCCAAGUCGUCCCCGACCGCAAGAGCAGCAAGGGCUCUAAGGAGGUCGACGAAGCGAGCGAGGCGGGCAGCCGCCACAGUCAUCGCACUCACCGCAGCCACCGGAGUGACAGGACGGAUCACACCUCCAAGACCAAGGCGACCGAAAGGGGGCGGCCCAAGGCGAUCGAGGACGGCCGCAAAGAUCGAGCUAGCACCUUCGAAGGCGUGGUUCGCCCCAAGAAGGAUAACAUACUGAAGAAUCUAUUUAAGAAGAUGAAGGAGCGAGAGGAAAAGGAACGGGUAGUUUCGGUGGUUGCGUAGAGGGGAGGAGGGCUUGGGCACGCGCGUGUACGCGCGAGGGAAUUUCUCUCUUACCGGCCCGUAACGCCAUUAUCGUGCGACGAGAGAAUGUAAAUUGGGCUAUUAUACUAUCUGGUCUUUACAUGGGGUUAUGGGAACGAUUUCAUAUACUAUGUAGUAGCAUGAUACACACACACACACACACACACACACAAACAC